AUGGAUCAUGUCCUGUUCGUGGAGCUCGGUUUCGGCAAUGACCAACAUGGACAAAAUGCCACCAAGGCCUGCGUCAGGGCGUGCCGGAACGCGAUCGAGUUCAACUCGAUCCCUUCCAUCAAGAACAUCGUUCCGGGUGGCUACGCCGGCAUGAAGCUCCGUGUGCAACUGGCCGUCCCGGUGGCAGAGGAAGAGGUGGACGUCGAAGAAAUCAAGAAAGUCUUCCCGUACGGCGAGCUCUUGCCAAUAGAGUUUCAGUCCGGAGGAAUGCGAGCUUCCAGCGGCAUCGCUCUGCCAGAGAUGGGAGACACGAACGACGACAUGAUCGUUGCCAUCAGCUGUGUCACCGUGGGGUACUGA